CGAAGCUCGGCUGGAGCUGCCUGGCGCUGGGAACCAGGAAGGCGGCGAGCUUGAACUGAAGCGAGUUCGGAGGACGCCGGCAGCGCCUAGAAUGCAGUGACGGCUAGUACUGUUUGGUGUCAUCGCCUAGAUUCCUGUUAAGGUACCAGUAGUUGUGCCUACCAUUGCUUUUACAUCAUCAGCGCAAAAGUCAACACAGUGAAAAAGAAAUGGGACGCCGGUCAUCUGAUACUGAAGAAGAAAGCAGAAGCAAGAGAAAAAAGAAACAUCGAAGACGGUCGUCUUCAAGUAGUUCUUCAGAUAGUAGAACAUACAACCGAAAGAAAAGUGGAAGGAAAUCGAGGUCAAAGUCAAGAUCGUGGUCCAGAGAUCUUCAGCCUCGCUCACAUUCUUAUGAAAGAAGACGCAGGCAUCGAUCAAGCAGUAGCUCUUCUUAUGGAUCUAGAAGAAAACGAAGUCGAAGUCGUUCAAGGGGUCGAGGGAAAUCCUAUAGAGUUCAGAGGUCUAGGUCAAAAAGCAGAACAAGAAGAUCCAGGUCAAGACCUCGUCCACGUUCCCAUAGUCGAAGCAGUGAAAGAUCCAGUCAUAGAAGAACUCGCAGUCGGUCUCGGGAUAGAGAACGUCGUAAAGGCAGAGAUAAAGAGAAAAGAGAAAAAGAGAAGGAUAAAGGCAAGGACAAGGAAUCAUACAGCAUCAAACGUGGGGAAUCUGUAAACAUCAAAGCUGGAUUAGAACAUCUGCCACCAGCUGAACAGGCCAAAGCCAGACUACAGUUGGUUCUUGAAGCUGCUGCAAAAGCUGAUGAAGCAUUGAAAGCCAAAGAAAGAAAUGAAGAAGAAGCAAAAAGAAGAAAGGAGGAAGACCAAACCACCCUGGUAGAACAAGUAAAAAGAGUAAAAGAAAUUGAAGCCAUUGAAAGUGAUUCUUUUGUUCAGCAGACAUUCAGAUCAAGUAAGGAAGUCAAAAAGGCGGUGGAACCUGAUGAAGUGAAGUAUGCAACUACGGUAUCAGGACCAGCAUCAGUAGUCAGUGAUCCACCCAGCAGUGAAAAAGAAAUUGACCCUGACAGCAUCCCUACUGCUAUCAAAUACCAAGAUGACAAUUCUCUGGCCCAUCCAAAUUUAUUUAUUGAUAAAGCUGAUGCUGAAGAAAAGUGGUUUAAGAGAUUGAUUGCUCUCCGACAAGAAAGGCUAAUGGGCAGUCCUGUGGCUUAAGUAACUCACCUAUACCUGAACUAACACAACUUUGGAAAUUUAACUUUUUUAAUUCCCCCAGUAUUAACUUUUCACUAUUAAAAAGAAUUUAGUUGAUUAAAUAAAAAGCUAAUCUCAUUUCAUUCUUUACUCAUGUAGGCUUGUAUGUUUGUUGAUUUGAACUUAAACAUUGUGCAUAUUAAAACUAGUGUGUAAAAUUAAGGAUGCAUAAAAAUUAUUGUUAAUAAAGUUUAUCCUAAAAAUAUCAAUGUUAAAAUAAAUGGUACACUGGUGGUGUUUCUGAGUACAAUUUGAAAAAUGUCAAGUUAUUGAAGACAUGAUUUGGAUUAAUCACACAUAUAUAAGAAUCAAACUUUAUGCUAUAAGAUUUCAUCAUCCAGGUGUUGUAAAACCAUUUUUGAUUCUUUUAUCACACCUUACUGUAAACUUUCAGCAUAGUGAAACUCACUCUGAACAACCUAAGAGAACAAGCAUGUUAGUCUUAAAAGAAUAGCACAUUUACUGAAAAAAUUCCUGAAAACUAUGAAACUUGAUGACUUAUUACUUAGAGAUCAGCUUUUACGAGGUGCUUCUUUGAAACAUGUUAGCAGAGGCCCGCACAUUCUUUUAGAAAUCACGUGUCCAUGUGAAACCUAACCAGUUGUCCAAAUACCCAUGAUAGGGAAAUCAUAUCUGAGAAAACUUGUAAGAGCUUCCCCUUCAGUCUCACUUAACCAGUGCCUUUCCCUAGAGAGGCCAGCUCCUUGUGACUUUGAUAAGGCUGUCAUUGUAAAAUACCUUUCUCUGGGAGCUGAUUGAAAAUCAGCUAUGCAUUCCAUAUUGAACAUGCCAGAGAUAAGGACCUUUAAGCCUUGCUUCACAAAACUAGUUUUCAACAGCUGACAUUUCCAAUUUCUAAUUUGUCCUCCUCUCUGCGCUCUCUCUAAUUUAGUCUUUAUGAAGAUAAGCAUGAAAAUUUCUUACGAUUACCAAUACAUAGAACACUUUAAUGCCAUCUAUUUUAUAUCUGAAACAACUAAAAUUCUAAUCCCUGUUAAAAAUGGAAAAUACAGAGCUUAUAUUCAAUUGCAAAAAGUGUGGAAAAUAGACCAAGGGCAAAAUACUUGUUUUCACAUUCUCGGUAGAUGCUAGUGUUCUUUCUUCCUUAACUGUAACUAAAAGUGACCAGUAGGAACUCACAUUUGUGUGGGUUUAUAUAGAUACAUAAAAUUUUUAGUCACUAAAAUUUUACAGGGGUAUUGCAGUUUCUGAAGAAUUUAUAUUUCAUUAUUUACAUAACUUGUACUGUAAAAGCUAACACCCUCUUGGAAAGUAUAUUUUAGUGACUAAGCAAGAAUCUGGUUUGUCUUUGGGCCACUAGUAAUUCUGCAGAGAACUUGAGCUAUUCCUUUUUCCUCAGCAUGCUUGAUGUUCCUUGUCUAGGAAAUGUUCUGAUCUACUUCACUAUGCUUAACACCAGUGUUUCUCUGUGGCAGGUAGCCCAAAUGUAGAAAGAAUCUCGAAGUGCAAUAGAUUUGUACUUUAAAACUGUAUCUUUCCUGCAAAUAAAGAAUAAAGUUACUUUUGAAUUAACUA